AUGUAAAGCUAAAAUGAUAAGAAUAAAAACGAGAAUACUGAUGAAAUGAUAGAAAAUGUUCUUAUUAAACCCAUGAUACAAGGUUUGAUCUGCGGAGCUGCCCAUUUAAUUGCCUUUCAUUUUAUGAGAAGAUAUUUUGAAAGUAAACAGUGGAUGUGA